AUGGUUUUAUCAAAAGGAAGUAUUUGGAACAGAAUAAGGACUUUCACAGUGCCCAUAGGCGGAAGUAAGAGAAAAGUAUACAUCCUUGCGUUCAUAAACUUCUUUGCCUUCGGUAUCGGAACAGCUUUCAGCGGAAUAUACGAUGAUUGUAUGGAGGAUGUAAUAAUAGGAUUGCUGCAGAUGCUACCAAUUGUAGGAUGGGCAUGGUCAGUUAUUUGGGGAAUUACAAUGAUAUUUAAAAGGAUGAAAAUCGAAAGAGAAGAAAGAAAACAAAUGACACCGCAAAUUGAUGGACCCUGA